UGCAGGUCUGAACAAGCCGAAUUGGGAGAGUUAUGCACAGCUGUUUGUGACUUUGAAUUGGACAAAGAUGGAAGAUCCCAGCUCCAGACAGCGUGGAGCAAAGCCCUACAUGUGUGGGGAGUGUGGGUACAGGACAGCUCACAAGUGUGACUUAUCCAGACACAUGAGAACCCAUACAGGGGAAAGACCCUACAUGUGUGACCAGUGUGACUAUUCUGCAGCAAGGAAAGCCCAGUUGGACCUUCACCAUCUUGCUAAGCACACAAGUGAGAAAUCCUACGUUUGUGAUGAGUGUGGGUACAAGACAGCGGUAAAGUCGAACCUAUCCCGACAUGUACGAAUUCAUACAGGCAAAAAACCCUACAAGUGCGACCAGUGUGACUAUUCUGCAGCACGGAAAUAUCAUUUGGACAGGCAUCGUGCAAAACAUACCGGAGAGAAACCCUUCAAGUGUGACCAGUGUGACUAUUCUGCAGCACAGAAAUCCAGUUUGGACAAACAUCUAGCAAAACACACUGGUGAGAACCUCUACAUAUGUGAUGAGUGUGGGUACAAGACAGCCGAAAAGUCGAACUUAUCCAGCCAUGUCCGACUUCAUACUGGCAAAAAACCCUACAAGUGCGACCAGUGUGACUAUUCUGCAGCAUGGAAAGCCAGUUUGAACUAUCACCAUCUUGCUAAACACACAAGUGAGAAACCCUACGUUUGUGAUGAGUGUGGGUACAGGACAGCUUGCAGGUCUACCCUGGCUAGACACAUGAGAACCCAUACAGGGGAGAAACCCUACAACUGUGACCAGUGUGACUACUCUGCAGCAAGAAAAGCCCAAUUGGAUUAUCACCAUCUUGCCAAACACACAAGUGAGAAAUCCUACGUUUGUGAUGAGUGUGGGUACAAGACAGCGCUAAAAUCGUACCUAUCCCAACAUGUACAAAUUCACACUGGAAAGAAAUCUUACAUUUGUGAGGAGUGUGGAUACAGGGCAGCUCGAAAGUCUACCUUGACUAGACACAUGAGAAUUCAUACUGGCAAAAAAACGUACAAAUGUGACCAGUGUGACUAUUCUGCAGCACAGAAAAGCCAUUUAGACCAACAUCUAGCAAAACACACUGGUGAGAACCUCUACAUUUGUGAUGAGUGUGGGUACAAGACAGCGCAAAAGUCGAACUUAUCCAGCCAUGUACGAAUUCAUACAGGCGAAAAACCCUACAAGUGCGACCAGUGUGACUAUUCUGCAGCAUGGAAAGCCAGUUUGGACCAUCACCAUCUUGCUAAACACACAAGUGAGAAAUCCUACAUUUGUGAUGAGUGUGGAUAUAGAGCAGCUCUAAUAUCUACCCUGGCUAGACACAUGAGAACCCAUACAGGUGACAAACCCUACAAGUGUGACCAGUGUGACUAUUCUGCAGCACAAAAAUCCAGUUUGGACGUUCAUCAUCUCGCUAAACACACAAGUGAGAAACCUUUCGUAUGUGACAAGUGUGAAUACAAGACAGCUCAAAGGUCUAACCUAACCCAACACAUGAAAACUCAUACUGGGGAGAAACCCUACAAGUGCAACCAGUGUGACUAUUCUGCAGCGCAGAAAUCCAGUUUGGACCAACAUGUAGCAAAACACACCGGUAUGAACCUCUUCGUUUGUGAUGAGUGUGGGUACAAGACAGCGCUAAAGUUGAACCUAUCUCGACAUGUACGAAUUCAUACUGGGGAAAAACCCUUCAAGUGUGACCAGUGUGACUAUUCUGCUGCACAGAAAAGCAAUCUGAAGCAACAUCUAGCCAAACACACCAGUGAGAAACCUUAAUCUCCAAGCAGAUUUGUCAGUGGCAUAGGACAGUAUCAAAGCUGGCCAAGGAGUAUGGCCAACCAAAUGGAGUGGCUAGCUGACUCCCUUCAAAUGGCCAGCUGCUCUCCUUGGCCAGCUUUGAUACUAUCUUAUGCCACAGGUAAAUUUCCUUGGAGAUAAGAGAAAAGAUGUGAUCAAGUGUGACCAGUGUGACUAUUCUGCAACAUGCAAAAGCAAUCGAAUCUGAAGCAACAUCUACAUGUAGUGAACACGUGGUGAAAAAACCUACAAGUGUGACUAUUCUGCAACAUGGAAAUCCAAGUCGGACCGUUAUCAUCUUGCUAAAAACAAUUGAGAGACCCUUCAUGCGCGACAAGCGUUGGUACAAGACAACCUACACAUGUAAUUGUUAAACAUAAGGGGAAUUCACACUCUCAAGAUAGUGAGAAGUGUGCACUGUAUGGAGUAGAGGAAGGCUACUUUAUCUUGACUUCUUGCAAGAAAAAACAGUACAUUGUACAUUUGGUAAUGUUACUUAAUACAAAUGUAAUAUAAAAGGCAUCCAUACUUAAGGCAACCAUUAAGUGGCUGGCAGGAGAAAGCGUCAUGUGUAAUGAUAUCGAUAUGAACUCAAGAAUUAUAGAACAUGAUGUAUGAAGCGUGGAACAAAGCCCUACAUGUGUGGGGAGUGCGGGAACAGGACAGAUCGGAAGUCGCAGUUGUCAUGGCAUAUAAGAACCCAUACUUGGUAUGUUACAAAGUUAGAUACUAGAGUAUGCAGACAUUUUAUUGUUCAAACGUUUUUAUGAACUUUUUUCUUUUCCUAGAAUCAUUAACCAGUGAUGUAUAUAAAUGGGUCGGACAUUUUCUUCUUUACACCAGACCUUCUUUAUUAACUAUUUUGUUUGUUUCUUAGAGUUAUAGAACUUAGCCAAAUUACAAGUCAGACUUGUUCUUGUUUAUACAUGAGGCUAUAUUUUUUGUUAACUUUAAUUUCUUAGAAUCAUUCUUAGAGUUAUCAUUUGCUGACUGACCUUGUAUGUUGAAACCAAGUUUGUUUUGCCAGUUUUUGUUUCUGUGAACCAUGAGAACUUAUUGGUGAAUAUUGCAAGUUAGACUUAGACUUUUUGAUGUUUGUUGUAUUUUGUAUUAACAUUUUUGUUUGUUUGUCAGAACCAUUAGAACUUACAAGUUUAGAUGGUCCGGCCUUUUCUAGUUCACAUCUGACUUUUAUUAGUAGCCCUUGAUGAGUAUUACAAGUUAGCUGGUCAGUCAUUUUCUUGUUUAAAACUGACGAUUUUAUGUCAACUAUUUUGUUUCUUAGAAUUAUUGAACCCCAGCCAGUAAUAGAUAUGAAGUAUUGAAUGGUCAGACUUUUCUGUUUACAGCUGGCCUUGUUUCUUAACCAUUUGUUGGUUUCCUAGCAUCCAUAGAACUUAAGCCAAAUUAGAUAUUGGAUGUUAAGACCCUUUCUUGUUCACAUCUGAGCUUUUUAUUAAUUGUUUAUUUCUUACAACCAUCAAUACUUAUCCAGAUAAAAAGUUUGAUGUUCAGACUUUUUCUUGUUUAUGACUUACCUUCUAUCCUUUUAUGUCAGCUAUUCUUUCCGUUUGGACUGUACACUGU